CUUCUUCAAUUUAUGAAAGAAUACAUAACACCUUUUAGAAACAUGAGACAUAAAAUACAAGAAUAACAAGCUUCUUCUAAAUAAAUUUUACAAUUCAAGAAAGAUAAUAUGUCCAGCGGAAGAGAAGAUUUUAAUGAUUAGGAUAUUCAAUAAACAAAAACCUUUUUAUCAGCACCAUAAUCUGCAGAAAAAUGGUAAAAGGAUAAAUGUAAAUCUAAAGUUAGUUCUAACGAUGCUUAAUAAACUCCCUACUUAUCUCCUUUUAAUUCAGAAAAAAACUAACCUGAGUUGAAUUCUAACAGCAUUUAAAAUAAAUAUGUUGAUAUCGAAUUUAGUAGCAUAGAAGCAGAGCGCACAAUUAAAAAGAAAGUAAAUGGAGAAAAUUAAAUUUAUGAAAAUAAAAACUAUUUAAAUGCACAACAAAAUGAAUUGAAUAUGGCAAAAUUAUACAGAGAAGCUGCAACUUCAUAAGUUGAAAGAAACAAUUUAGUAAAAACACAAUUCAAUAACAGAAAGCAGUAUGUUUUAAACAGCUCUUUUGAUUAAACUUAAAACAUUAAAAAAAUGAAUAAUUUUUUAAAUCUUGAUGCACCUAAUAUGAUAAAAGCAGCUUAAAAAUAAAAAAUGCAAGUGAAGAGAGAAAGAGCUAACCAGAGCCUUAAUGGGAGUCCUGCUGGAAAAAGAAACCAUUUUGGAAUGACAUAAAAUUUGAGCUAAUAAAAGAAUAUCUAAGAAUAAAAUAAUACAAUUAAUAUAAACGAUAUAAUUUGUUAGAGUAAUUUAAAACAGCAACAACCGUUUACAACCACAAGCUAGAAUACCACAAUAAAUUCAGAAUUUUAAAAUAAUAGCAUAAAAACAAUUCAAAAAUUAAAUGAGAAUACCUAUUAAAAAAGAAGACCAAGUAACACUGAUGCAUAUGAAUUCCCUCAAAUUAUUUAAUCAAAUAAAAGCUCUCAAAGUCAAUUUGAUAGAAUUCUGGUUUCAAAGCCUUCUAUGUAAGGAAGAGCAACACCUAAAAUAUUAUAGGAAAAUUUAGUUAAUUCAAAUAUGAAUAAAUCAAUUUCUAACAUAGCCUCAAUAAAAAUUAGAAAAAAAAGUACAUAAAUAGAUGGAAGAUAACUUUCCAAAUAGGAAGAAAAUAAUUCAGCUGCUGUUAGAAGAGAAACUUAUUCCCAUCAUAAUAGCAAAGAAAGUGGAAAUAAAACUAACUAAUAUUAUGAUGAAACAUCUGAUGAUCAUUCAUUUGAAGGCAGAUAUAAAUAGAAUUAAAUUUUUAAUGUUAAGUAAAAGAUUAAAUUAUAAAAGCAAAAUAAUUAUAGUGGUUAUAAAAUCUUUUCUGAAAAAGAGGGAGCUCUGAUAAAAUACAGUCCAUCAAAAAAUUAAAACUAAAGUGAAAUUGGCAAUGAAAAUACUUCUCCUACUUAUAAUGUGCAAACAACUACAACUAAUUCUCAAUCUAAUUAGAGUAAUAGACUGCUCUUUAACUAGUACUUGCAAUAACAAACUGUAGUUUCUUAAAUUAGUACAAAUAAAACUCAUACAAAGUUAAGGUUAGAAGAGAUAAAAAGCGCCUAUUAAAGGUAAACUCCUAUACAAGGAAAUAACUUGCUUUAGAACUAAAAUAAAAUAUAAUAUACAAAUAGACCUGAAACAAUAUAAUAGAAUAUUAAUAACUAUACAAUUAACCAAGCAACAGAUAAAAAUAAGUUUUAAAAUUUAAAAAUAAACACUAAACAAGAAGAUAUAAUAUUAGAGGAUGAAAAUGAUUGCACUCUUACAAUCAACGAAGAUGAUAAAAAGUUAAAGGGUUCUUAGAUCACUCAUUUUAAUUCACCUGAAAAAAUUAAGUUAGACCAAUCCUUCUAAGUCUUUUAAAAUAAGUAAUUUGAAGAAGAUUUAGAAAAUUGGAAAGACGAAAGAGAAUCUCUAAAAAAGUAUUCAAGUUCAAUUUAAGAAGAAAAUUCUAUUAAAACUAAUACUUAUUAAAGAAAAAAUGCUGAUAGCUCAAUUAUAAUGGAAGAAUCUGCUUUAUAAUAAAAUAUUCAAGAAAAUUUUGCAUCAUAAAUCUAUGAAAAGGCAUCUAAUUAUGUAUAAAAAAAUAAUUCUAAUAUUGAAUAGAAAAAUCAAAGUAAAUUAAAUACUUAAAGUUAAAAUGAGAUGUAUAAUAGUUUUAUGUAAAAUGGUUCAUCAUCUUUCUCAAAUACAGACACAGAAUUAAAGAAAAAUAAUGAUUCUAAAUAUCAAAUACCAAAUUGCCAGCCCAUCUCACUUAAUUAGAGCUCUAAUAAAAUGAAGGAUAACAACAAUUAAAUUCAAGAUUCAGCAAUUAAAAAUAUUUCGACUAAAUAAAAUAAUGAAUAAGAAUAACAACAAAAUACUGAUACCAAUACAAGCAACAAUGCCAUUGACAGCUAGAGUUUAAUCCCUUAAUAAACCUCAUAAAUCCUUUAAAUAAAUAACAGUGAUGAUUUACCUAAUUAGUUUUAAAAAUAAAAUGAGUCGAUUUCAGCUUACGAUAAAGAAUCUAGUGCUAAUAGUUCAUUUAUUGUGCAAUCUUAAAGCAAUUAUACAAACCAUAAAGAUAUUAAGCCUGUUAAUUAAGAAGGACAAGAAAAAAUUAAAUAAUCAGAACUAGAUAACAAUGAAAAAUAAAAAAUUUUUGAUUAAUAAAUAAACAUGCUUUCUAAGGAAAAAGACUAUUAAAGUAUCUAAAAUGAAGGUAAUCAAUCUCUAAAAGUGAUUUAAUAGUAGGAUUCCAAAGAUAUUUAAAGUAUAAAGUAAGACUAAAAUAGCUUCUAAUUACAAAAUUAAGCUAUUAUCUAAGGAAAGGAUGAUUUUUUUAGUUAACUAAAUUAUGCAUAAAGUAAUAAUUUAACUGAUGACGAUAUCCUUAGUAAACUAGAUUUUUAAACCAUUAUCUUAUGGGAAUAGCAGAUAGCAGAACUUAGCGGUUGCUUUAAAUCGCAAAACGCAACAAGAUGCUAUAAUUCUAUUGUCAAUUAUUGCAGUUAAUAUUUGAUGUUAGUGCGCUCUCGUAAUUUUGACAAUUUUGCAACUUUUUUUAAUGAUGAAAAAUCAAGAAAGAUUGUUAGGAAUUAAAUGAAUUUAGAGCAUUUAGGAAUAAUUGUACUUUUGCACAAUUAUUUAGAUAGAAAAACAUUUAUGAACAAUAUUAAUAACAUACGUAAUAUAGCAUCUUACAUACACUUAAACUUUAUUCUCUUAAUAGAUCUAAUUAUCUCUAGAGUUUUCCAAUCACAUAAAUAGUUAAUGUGCUUAAAUGAGUAAGAUUUAAAUAUUAAAACAUUUUCCCAAAAUAACAAAUAAUAUCCUGAAUAAUUGAUAAGUAUGUUGGUUUUAAUCAAAGAUAUUGCUUCUUAAAAUAUUUAUAGAAAAAAAAUGAAUAAAAUCCAAGAUUAUUUAUUAGCCAUGAAACAAAAUAAUGAAAUUUUGCUUAAUUUAUAUCGCACUGCCACUAAGCAUGAUAAAGAUUUUUAUAAUCAUGUUUAAAACGUUUCAAAAAUCAUAGAAAAAUCUCUGAGUGUGGAAGAAACUGUGAUUUAGAUUUUAAAUAUAUUUGCUUUGUAUUUAACGAUAUUAGAAAACAAUAUCGGUUUUUAACCACUCCCUUUUCUAGCAGUUUGUCCAUCUCCUUAUUUACCACCAAAAUAAAAAUUAUAAAAAAUAGAAAAUGCUUCUAAAAAAAAAAUAAAUAAUGACGAGAAUUCAAGCAGUAAUAGCAGCAAUAUUGAUAAUGUCAUCCACGAAAAUGAAACAACAACUAUUGAAACUUAGCCAAAGGAAGACUAAAUAAAUAUUUAAGGUUAAACAUAAAAAUAACAAGAUAAAUCUAAUUUAAACAAUUAAAAUUUAAAUAAAUAACCUAUAAAAUAAAAUCAAAAUACUGAAAAAAUUCUAAAUAGAACUCAAAGAAGCCUGAGUAAAUAAUUAACUAAGGGAUAGAGUAACAAUAGUACUAAUAAGAGAAGCGCUACUCCUAAUUCAUAUGCAUAAGGCCAUAGAAAUACCUUUAAUUAAUUAGAUACAGAUAAAAAAGCACUAUCCCCCUCCCCUCAAGUAUUUACUACAGGAAAUAGAAGAAAAAGUUCAUAACUUGCAACUCAUAGCUCUACUAACAUAAAAUAUUAAAAAGAAGAAAAAUCUAAUACAAAACAAUUCGAAUACACUCUUGUUUUAGAUUUAGAUGAAACUUUAGUUCAUUAUAGUGAAACUAAUAAUGGUGGGUAAUUUGUUGUUCGUCCAUUUGCUAACUAAUUUUUAUAAGUUUUAUCUGAAUAUUACGAAAUUGUAGUAUUUACUGCUGCUAUGCCAGAUUAUGCUAACUGGGUGCUUGAUAAUCUUGAUCCUAAUAAAUAUGUGACAUAUAGGUUAUUUAGAUAGCAUGCAGUGCACAUAGGAAAUGUUUUUAUAAAAGAUCUAUCUCGAAUCGGAAGGCCUUUAGAAAAAACAAUUAUAAUUGAUAAUGUAGCUGAUAACUUUUAAUUAUAACCUGAAAAUGGUAUCUUUAUUAAAGGGUGGUUUUCUGACCCAAACGAUACUGCUCUAGUUGAAUUACUUCCUCUUUUAAAAGAAAUAGCGACUAAAAAAGUUCCUGAUGUGAGAAAAGCCUUAAAGAGCUUAAAAGAACAAAUGAUUUAAAAUAUUUAAAAUGGUAUAUAAAAUCCUCAUUUAAAUUUAAAAUUAGAUUGA